AUGAAGCCGCAGCCGCAGAGGUCACAGAGGUCGUUAGCCUACCUCCUGCUGGCCCUGUUUCUGGCCAGAGGGGAGGCUGGCCCACUGCUGAGUGGUGGUGGGAGCACUGGAGCCAACAUUGGUGAAGCCAUUGGACAAGGGGUGGGGGACGCCAUUGGCCAAGGAGUCGGAGAAGCAGCUGGCUCUGGGGUUAGGGAGUCAGCAGGCCCUGGGCUGGGAGGAGCUGCAGGCCACAGAGUUGGGGAGGCCAUCCACCAUGGGCUGGGGGAAGCAGCCCAUGUGCUUGGAAACUCUGGGGGUGAGGCCAGCAGACAGGCUGAAAACAUCAUCCGACAUGGACUGGACAUGGCCCAUGGCUACGGGCAAGGGGCUCCUGGCAGCAGCAGCGGUGCCUGGGGAACCAAUGCUCAGCCUGCAUAUGGAGGCCACGGCGUCUCUGGUGCCCAAAGCGGCUUCGGUGGCCAUAGUCAAGGAACUCCCUGGGGCCAGGCACGCCCCAUUGACUCAGAAGGCAGUUUUGGAACCAGCUCUCAGGGUGGUUCCUGGGGUCAUGAAAACAACGGAGGGUCAUUCAACUUCGGGAGCAAUGCUCAGGGGGCUGUGGCCCAGCCGGGCUACGAAUCAGUGAGAGGCAGCAGUGGAGACAACCAGAAUAACGGGUGUACUAACCCUAAGCCCACAGGCUCAGAUGAAAGUUCCAGCAGCUCUGGGGGAUCCAGCAGCGGCUCCUCCUCAAGUAGCAGCAGUGGAAGCAGUGGUGGAAAGAAACCCGAGUGUGACAACCCAGAGAAUGAAAUCCGGAUGUCUGGGGGAUCUGGAGGUCAGGGAUUCCGAGGGCAGGGAGGCCCCAGCAGUUCCGGCAUCAGGGAAGUCAGCCGAGAGGGUGGUUACCACUAUGGGAGCUCUCAAGGCAAUUACCAGGGCCAAGGAUUCAGUAGAGAGAGUGGAGGAGGUGAAGCCAUCAGUGGCAUCAAUACUUUGAACUCUCAGACACCAUCAGGGCUCUUCGACUUUGACACCUUAUGGAAGAAUUUUAAAUCCAAACUAGACUUCAUUAAUUGGGAUGCCAUAGAUAAGAACCAAAUCUCACACCCCAGCGCGAGAGCCCUCCUAUACUUCAGCAGGCUCUGGGAGGGUGCAGAUACCUCGUUGAUACAGAAGAGGGCAGUCGAUGGUAGUCAGAACUACAAUUAUAACCAGCAGUCAUAUCCUAGCUAUGGUGGCAAGAUCCCUGCAAAGGCUUCCCGGGCACAACCUGGCCUGCUGCAGUGGAUGAAAUUUUGGUAG